UUUUCGAAAGGCGGAGUUGGAGAUCGAGAUCGAGAGGCAAUUCCGAAAGCUCCAAGAAUUUGGAGGAGUUGGUGAUUCAGGGAAUGGGAGAUCCCAAGCCGUCCCAUGAGAGGUGCCAUCUCUGCUCGGGGCCUCUCUCCAAGGACCUGGAAACGAGCAGCUGGACCGUCGCACCGUUGAUUCGAGAUGGCUUUUCGAUGAUCGGUACCGCUAUUGGUGGGACUGCGAGUGCAGUUUAUGGAUUUAACCAUGUUAUGCCUAUCGUGAGGAGGUGGGUCAAGGGGCCUAUGUGGUUACAUUUUUUUAUUGGUGUGCCACCUGUAAUUGUUUUCUCAUCAGCUUGUGCUGGAUUGGCAGGAGGGGCAAUGCCAGCACUUGCUCAACUGGUCUCCUCAUCAUACCAUGCUGCUAUGUCAUCAUCAGCACUGGCACAUUCCUCCUCUCAGGAGGAUAACAUGCAUAAGAGAAAAAGUUCGUCCCCUUUAUAAGCCUUGAAGGCGUUCCUUUUUCCCCCUCGAGCAUUUGCUGCUGUGCAUUUGUUCAUCUCGUAUAUGCUUCUCGACUAAGUUUGCUGUCAUAAAUUUCUUCCCUUCUGUUUUAUAAUAGUUGAAAUUAAGAAAUUACAUAUGGACUGUAUGUUAAUAAUUAUUAUUGCUUUUGAACAUUUGGCACAUUUCCAUCU